CGAUCAAUAAUUAUUGCGGUUGAUUUCAGUAGCGUUUGCUUAGCAGUUUAACUUUUUCUGGAUUAGUUCUUUAGUUUUUUGUUUAGGUAUUAAUUUACAACCCAGACAAAGGUUGGCUGAUGCACAGUGCCGAAUCCAUUUAGAAUGAACCUGUACCACUACCUAAAUUCGGUCCAACGUGUCUGGAAUGCCACCGAAGGGCAGGCCGUCGGCCGGCUUCUGUCGCUCUCCGAUCAUCAUGUGAACAAUCCUACGCUGUACGUGGAACAUCCGGAAACGGCCGUGGAUCGGCAGCUGGAAUCACCGCUUGACGAAAUCGUCUCUUGCCACCUAAAAGUGCUCUACUAUCUAACUAAAGAACCUCGUAACUACAGCGAAGCUUAUCGGCAGCAAACGAAUUGCAUUCAGGCGGUUGUCAAGAUGCUGCAAUCACUGAAGGACGAGAACUGGUUUCUGCCAAUCAUGUACACCGUUGCCAUCGAUUUGCGCCGGUUAGCGGCCAAGUGCGAGGAACAGCUAAAGACUUCUAAACCAGGUGAAAUCCUCGAGAAGGCAGCGGAAUGUUUGAUGGGAUGCUUUCGGGUGUGCGCAGCAGACAAUCGUGCUUCCGGUGCGGACACAAAACGACUUGGAAUGCUCAAUUUGGUCAAUCAGUUGUUUAAGGUGUACUUUCGCAUUAACAAGUUGAACUUGUGCAAGCCGUUGAUUCGGGCUAUUGAAAGUUCCAACUAUAAGGAUUCGUUUAGUUUAGCUCAGCGAAUCACCUACAAGUACUUCGCCGGUCGAAAAGCCAUGUUCGAUUCGGAAUAUCGCAAUGCAGAUGAAUAUCUGAGUUUCGCUUUCGAGAACUGCCCGCGACGGUUUGCGCACAACAAACGAUUGAUCCUGAUCUACUUAGUGCCGGUUAAGAUGUUGCUUGGUUACAUGCCACGCAAGGAAGUGUUGGAACGUUACAAUGUUUUGCAGUUUCAUGAUCUUACUAUGGCUUUGAAAGAGGGAAAUGUGCGACGGUUCGACGAGGUCAUCCAAAAGCACGAGUCAUUUUUCAUCAACGCGGGAAUCUAUCUGAUAGUGGAGAAACUGAAGAUUCUGGCCUAUCGCAAUCUGUUCAAGAAAGUCUAUCUCAUCCUGCAGACGCAUCAGAUCGAUCUGAAUGCCUUCCUGACGGCGCUGCAGUGGGUCGGCGAGGAAGAAUUAACCAUGGACGAGACGCACUGUAUUGUGGCGAAUCUGAUCUACGAGGGACGUAUCAAGGGUUACAUUAGUUUGCAGCAUAAUAAGCUAGUUGUCUCCAAGCAGAACCCGUUUCCUAACGUUAUUACCACCUAG